UUCACAAUGACAUCUUAUCAUGUUUCUCAUGAGUCAAAUCGACCACCAGGUCCUUCACCACUAUACCAACCGAUAAUAGAGGCUCCGCCACCACCGUAUCCACCAACCAGAACGAGGUACCAAGACUACUAUGGCGGCUACGGUCAGCCGCAUCCACCGCCACUGCGUCCAUAUAGAUCAGAUGAAUACUACGGAGAAGGAGAAUAUGAUGGUUGCUUCCCUUUUCUAAGAAGAUGUCUGACGGCGCUAUGUUGUUGCUGGUUCUUGGAACAAUGCUGCCUUAGAAGUCGUUACUAAUUCUUGUAUGAGAAUGUUACGUCCGUGUUGUAUCGAAUAAAUUAGAAUUCGUGUUUUGUUUA